AGUUCUAUCGUGAUCCGUCGCGCGAGCGAGUUCGAAAUGCGUCUUCUGUUUCGACUCUACAGUUAGCCGUGCGCCGAUCAUCGCAUUAAUCAUCAUUUUGAUUCAUCCACUGACCUGCCCAGCCCGCAGUCGAAUCCAUAUCAGUACAAAAAUGACGAAAUUGGAGAAGUUGAUGGUUUUGUGCGUGGCGAUAGUUGCUUGUGUCACAUCAACGUUGGCCAUUGAAUGUUAUCAAUGCACGGGUACCGAUUCAAGCAAUCCAUUCCAAUGCAACGAGUGGUUAUCCAGCGACACAGAUCUUCAGCCCCAAUCAUGUGACGAUGUCUACGGGGCAAAAUAUUGCGUUAAACAUGUUGGUCGUUUUGAAGCAUCGGCGAUAUUGUGCUAUCAAUGCAUGGCGUCUAAAACACUCGACUGCUCAGACGGUAUGAUUCAGAUGGGCGGACUGGAGCCUCAAAACUGCGAUCACGUCUUCGAGGCGGCUUAUUGUGUUAAAUCUACGGGCAUGGAGGGUGGAAUUGGAGCAAAACGAUUCUGUUCCUCCCUGGACCUGGGGAAUUACUGCAAUUACGUACGUCAACCUGGAGAUAAAUUGAAAGAAUACCGAACGUGUAUACAUACCUGCACUGGCGACGGUUGCAACCCUGCUACUGCCAUUAGUCCAAAUCUUCUCCUAACGAUAUGCAUAAUGGCAGCCAUUGGGCGGUUAAUCCACUGAAACGACAGGAAUUUAUCGAUCUGCUGCGUUGUGUCGAAGCUCAAAGUACUUUAAUAUCUUGUAAAUAACAUUUUGUUAAUGUAUCCUGUUUAUAUUUGAUUUUAUACUAUUAUCAAAGAUGAAGGCAAUGAAUAUGUCGCGUCAUAGGCAAUCUAGAAUGCAAUAAUGUUGUCAUAGACUAGUGAGCGACGAGAUACAUACAUAUUCGAUGUUUAGUAACAAGAAAACAAAAAAAAUCUCAACAUUUGUACAAACUUUUAAGAGACGUGUUAAUUAGGUCAACAUUUUAUAGAUCUAUACUGAAUUCUCGUACUACUUUGUUUAUAAAUAAAUAUUUUUCGACUAUGAA